GUGAAGUCAGUGAGAAUUUAGUGAAGAGAUGAUGGGUAGACAUAGAAGUUUGUGGGUGUCUCUUGUUUCAUUUGGAUUUGUCUUGUUCUUUAGCUCAACUUUCAUUGGAGUGCCUAGUGCCCUUGGCUGGAGCAAAGAGGGUCAUGUCAUGACAUGCCAAAUUGCACAGGCACUUUUAGAGCCCGAGGCAUCAGAAGCAGUGAACCGUUUGCUACCUGACUAUGUGAAAGGCAACUUAUCAGCCCUUUGCGUAUGGCCUGACCAAAUUAGACACGGCUACAAAUAUAGGUGGACAAGUCCUCUUCAUUUCAUUGACACACCGGAUAAUGCUUGUUCCUUUCAGUAUUCAAGAGACUGCCAUGAUUCCCAUGGUGUGGAGGAUAUGUGUGUUGCUGGUGCUGUCAAAAAUUUCACUUCCCAACUCAAGCAAUACAGAGAGGGGACAUCUGAUCAACGAUAUAAUAUGACGGAGGCGUUGUUGUUCUUGUCACAUUUCAUGGGAGACAUUCAUCAGCCAAUGCACGUUGGAUUCACCACUGACGAAGGAGGAAACACGAUAGAACUACGCUGGUUCAGGCAUAAAUCUAAUCUGCACCAUGUGUGGGACAGAGAAAUUAUCCUCAGUGCACUAGCAGACUAUUAUGAUAAGGAUGUGAGCCUCCUUUUCCAAGACAUUCAGAGGAACUACACAUAUGGAAUCUGGGUAGAUGAUAUUUCAUCUUGGAAACAUUGUAAUGAUAUCUCUCAGUGUGUAAACGAUUGGGCCAAAGAAAGCAUACAAAUUGCUUGCAAAUGGGGUUACGAAGGUGUUAAACCUGGAACAACUCUGGCAGAUUAUUACUUCGACUCAAGGAUGCCAUUUGUCAUGAAACGAAUUGCUCAAGGUGGAAUUCGAUUAGCCAUGGUUUUAAAUAAGGUGUUUGCUGCCUCUGAAGAAGGAUUUACGUACAACAACAACAACGUAGGAAGAUAGACUCAUUCAUAUAUA